AUGCUUGACCAAUUACCCACAGAGAUUCAAGAAGCAAUAAUCUACUAUCUAAUUGAUUUGGAUAGUCAAGGGCUCGUCCAAGUCCGUAAUCCAUACAGUGGAAGGAGUGGAACAGCUCGCUCAUUUUUGGCACUAUCUCAAGUAAAUUGGAAACUAAGGCGUGUCUGCGAAUCUUUUCGCUGGAAGACAAUACGCUUUAGCCAAUCACAAGAUCUUGAUGCGCAGGCGGCUCAUUCAGAUACGGAAUACCUAACCAGAAAUGUUCGCGUGUUGCAAGCUAGCGUACUUCUCUCCACCCCGGACGGCCUCUUUGACCAGACCUGUUUAAAUACUUUUGUUCAUCUCAAAGAUCUCCUAGAUCAUUUGUCUCAACGCACGGUAAAGCAUAUACGUCUUUACACUCCUGCUGAGCUCGACGCUACCAGGAUCGCCAUACUCAACGAUCCCGAUAACUUACUCUCUAAACAUCUCAGGCUCGCUCAUAGACAAAUUACGUCUUCUCUAAUCAAUUUUCCCCUUCUAACUUCUUUAGACAUUAGCGGGGUUUGCUAUUCUUUCAUAGCUGAAGAUGAUAUUGCUCAAUGUGUUUGGCAACUACCCAAUCUAACUCGAUUUCGAGCUCAUAGUUCAGAAGCUCCUUCGCAGCUUAAUGAUACUGAUAGCAUACAACUUGGUGAGUCUCUCGCCUCUCGUUGCUCAUUAGAAUAUCUUUCUCUUGGAUGUCUUCAAGGUCCAAAUGAAAGAUGGGCCAGACUCGACUGGAAGGGUCCUUUGAAGGUUCUAUCUAUGAAGUUCUGCUGGAACAUUCAGAAUGAUGGGCUUUAUGGAUUCAUAUCUAGAUUCCCGACGUUGAAGAAGAUUCGGGUCGAAGGUCAAACCAUGGAGCUUUCUGGCGGUUUCUCCCUCACUGAUCAAAAUCCAUUUCCAGUCUUAGAGAGCUUUACUUUUUCGGGAUUCGAAGUUAAUCCCUAUAUCUUCAAAACCUUAUCAAGCGCCCCUAAGCUCGAAAAAUUCCACGUCCAUCUCGCUAGGCCCCGAAAGGCUCUUCAAGAAAUGUUGGAUUGCAUUGAAAAGGACACAAACGCUUGGCCAAGCUUGAGGUUGGUCAUUCUUUCACAAAUCUUCCCUCUAGAUCAACAAAGGAUCUCGCUUGAGAAUUGGGGCCGUGAAAGACAGAUAAGUUUCAAGUUUCAUCACCGUCAGAACUUACAUCAGGAAACCACCGAAGCUGAAGCUUUAACCGCAAACCCAAUGGAAGUCGACGAGCAAAACCAAGAGCACAUGGAAGCGGACGAUGUUCCCCUGGGGGCUCUUCAUAUCGAAACCGUAGACACAGACACGGUAAAUCCCCUUGAUGAAGCGGAGACCGAUGUACCAGCUAUCGAAGGUGCAGUACCUGACUUGAACUUAUCCAAUGUUGAAGAACCAGAGCAAGAUCUAUCUGAUGUUGAUACUAACAUUUCCGAGGAAGACUUAUCUGAAGAAGAAGAAGACGAUUUUUCUGAUGACCAGAGUGAAAUCUCGGUGCCAGGUUCAGACGAUAGCGAGUUAAGCAAAGACGAAGAUUGGACAGUUCCAAGUUGGAUCAGAGACCAUGAGUAA